AGGGAGGGGAGAAUCAGGGCUGUGCCCAGCAUCGGAGUGGGAGAGCUGCUCCCAGCUGUACCCUGAGACAUUCCCCAUACGUGUGGUCCCAGUUGUCCCCAACACCCAGCAUCGUUCCUUCCUUCCCUCCCCAGCUCCCUUGUGGCUCUGUAGUGACUGGGAAAGGUCAGGGACCUGCAGGUGGCCUGGGACAGGAGGGAAAGAACAGUAACAGGAAGAAGGUGCAGAGACUCAGCCAUCACCUGCCCCAGCACCUCUGUCCCAGCUCUGGGCUGCCAGAGCCUGGGGGACACAUCCAGCGCCUGUCCUGACUGUGCCAGCACCCUGUGAGGAGCUGGUGGCACCACCAUGUCCCAGGCAGGAGGGUGCUGGGCUGCCCCAGGAGCUCCUGUCCCCAUGUUCUCCCCAGGAGCUGAGGAGGCCUUUGAACACUGUGACGUGGUCAUCAACAGCCAGGACAAGGUUUCAGAUGUGUAUACACAGCUGGAGAAGCUGGGGGAGGGGAAAUUCGGGACAGUCUACAGGCUGCAGGAAAAGGCCACCAGCAAAAUCCGGGCUGGGAAAUAUUUCCGGACACGCACAGCAAAGGAGAAGCAGGCAGCUCAGGCCGAGGUGGAGCUGAUGAACCUCCUGCAUCAUCCACGCCUUGUGCAGUGCCUUGCAGCCUUCCAGGGCCCCGCCGAGCUGGUGAUGGUGAUGGAGUACGUGGCAGGUGGGGAGCUCUUUGAGCGCAUUGUGGACGAUGACUUUGAGCACACAGAGCCCAGCAGUGCCCAGUAUGUGCAGCAGAUCCUGGAGGGGCUGCAGUUCAUGCAUGGCCAGGCCAUCGUCCACCUCGACCUCAAACCUGAGAACAUCGUCUGCGUCAGCCCCAGCAGCCACUGGAUCAAGAUCAUCGACUUUGGCUUGGCACAGAAGCUGGCUCCAGACACUCCUGUGAAGGUGUUGCACGGCACCCCUGAGUUCAUGGCUCCAGAAGUAGUCGCCUUUGAGCCUGUGAACUUCUCCACAGACAUGUGGAGUGUUGGUGUCAUCUGCUACAUCCUGCUGAGUGGGGAGUCGCCCUUCCAGGGGGACACUGACAUGGAGACACUGAGCAAUGUCACAGCUGCCCAGUGGGACUUUGAGGAGGAGACCUUCUCAGAGAUCUCCCAGCAAGCCAAGGACUUCAUCAGCCAACUGCUGCAGAAGGACCCCCGCCGGCGGCUCCCCAGUGCAGGGGCUCUGCUGCACCCCUGGCUGCAGCAGCCCCAGCCCAGCAGCCCCAAGGUGCUGUCCAAGGAGAGGAUCAGGCAGUUCCUGGCACGUCGGAAGUGGCAGAAAACAGGGAAAGCCGUGCUGGCUCUCAAGAGGCUGACCCUGCUGUAUCUUAUCUCAGGUAUUUCAGGUGCCCCCAGGUCCAGCUCUUUGAAGAACGAGAAAAAACACCCUCAUGCACCACAUAUGAAAGGAGAGAAGACACGGGAAUAUGAGGCCAGGGUGGUGACAAGGAUGUGGUGCAAGGGACACAUGGACAAGCCAGAGCCCUCCCCGCGGCCAGGAGAUGGAACUGUUGGUCUGGCCUUGCUUCUGCUGCGGCUUCAGAACUUCAGCCAGCCCCCGCGCCGAAGUCCUUGCACUCUUUUCCAGCCGAGUUCACUGAAUCUCAGCCGAGCUGAUCUGUGCGAUGCCCUGCAGUCCUGGCAGGGCUCCUGGCAGGAUCUCUGGUCACUUCAGGAUGCCGGGAUGUGCCACGCUCUGUGUGGGCAAGAGCUGCGUGCCCACGGGUGA